AUAUUUGCUUACAUGCACCGUUUCGUGACUUCCUCGUUCGUAAUUUUAGUAAAUUAGUCACUUGUUAAGACUAUUUUGCAAUAUUUACAAUAUCUAUCCCUUCAAUGAAAUCUAAUUUGGAAUCUAAGUAGAUGCAUGCAAUGCAAGUUAACAUUUAUCAUACCUGAUCUUUGCGUUAUUUCAUCGUUCAAUAAGUAAUAUUCGGACAGUUCUUUUCGGAUAUAAUUGUAAACUGGCAGCCCAUCGCCACUUCAAGAUAGAGUAGAAAAUAUGAAAUUCAAGACAGUGUUAGAAGGAGAACAAGCAGUAAUAUUCAACCAUCUUGGUGAAGGUAGACUUGUGGUUGGCCCUUCAAGAGUGUUUUUAUUCAGAGAGCGAUUGCAGAAGUUGAAGAGGCACACAGCAACACAACAUGAAUACUUAAAGAUCAGAGAUAAUAAUGGAAUUGUUACUCACAAACCAGGGCCGUGUGAGAUAUUUUUCAAUCCAAUGUUACAUGAGAAUAUCUAUGUGAUGGAUGCACUCAAGUUGGAUGCUAACCAUAUGAUAGUUGUGUAUAAGCGACUGAAGGAUAGCACAGUACAGAGAAGGAUUAUUCAAGGACCCACUGUGUUUGUACUCGAGGCAGAGGAAUGGUUACACGAGUUCAAAUGGCAUGGUACUGACCCGGAGAACAAAACCAGGAUGGUUCCGGGCAAAGAUAAAUUUAACCAGUUAGCUGUCAUUCCAGAGCAAUUCUAUUACAAUGUGAGAGAUGUGAGGACCAAUGAUGAUACUAUGAUUACAGUGAAACUCAUGCUGUUCUAUGAACUCAAAGAUGUACUCAAAAUGCUUGAUACAACACAUGAUCCAAUAGCAGAUAUGAUCAAUGGAAUGUGUGCUGAUGUGAUAGCAUUUGUAGGAAAAUUAAGUUUUGAGCAGUUUCUGAAAGAAUCCCACAAGCUCAGUCAACUGACAUCUUAUCCACAGCUAGAACAAAGAGCAGAGAAAAUAGGGUACCAGUUACAGAAAAUUGUGUUCAGAGGAUAUCACUCUAGUGAUCAGUUACAGGCUAUGCAGAAUAGUGCAAUUGAAUCGAGAACUCAGCUUCGACUGAACACAGAGAUAGAGGAACAGAAACAGCUGCUAGCUGACUUAAAAAUGAGCAAGGAACAAGAACGUGUAAAAUUAAAGCAAGAAAUGGAGAAAAGUAAACAGUCACACAACCAGAAGAAAGAUGAUAUGGUGCAGACUCACAAGCUUUCCUUAGAACAGUUGGAACAUGAACAGAAACUGGAUAUAAGAGAGCUUAUGACUAGAGCCAGAUUAGACAUAAAGAAGGCAGAAGAUGAUCACAAUGUUGAGCACCUGAAUCGACUGAAGGACCUGAAUGUUGAUCUGACAGCCUAUCUUGCUAACCAGCAGUCACCGCCCGUAACUGAGGAACUACAGGUGGUUAAUGUUAAAACUCCUACACGCAACACUACAUUGCUAUGACAGGCUAUCUUGCUAACCAACAGACCCCACCUGUAACUGAGGAACUACAGGUGGUUAAUGUUAAAACUCCUACACACAGCAGUACAUCACUAUGACAGCCUACCUGCUAACCAACAGUCCCCACCUGUAACUGAGGAACUACAGGUGGUUAAUGUUAAAUCUCCUACACACAACAGUACAUCACUAUGACAGCCUAUCUUGCUUAACAACAGUUACCAUAUGUAACAGAGGAACUACAAGUGGUUAAUGUUAAACCUUUAUCAAAUAUCACUACUUUAAAGAUUUGUUUUGAUUAUAUUGUUUUUAUGCCCCAGGCAUCUACUGAUGCAGGAGGCAUAUAGUGAUUGUCCUGUCCGUCCUUCUGUUCGUCUGUCUGUUCGUCCGUCCGUAUGAGGUUAACCAAAUGGGACCGUUUCAUCUAGCAUCAAUACCCCUUACUAGAAUGACUUGAUACUAAUGCAGAUGUAACCUGUGACCAUUCCUCAUCUUCAAACAUCACCUGACCUCAGUUUGACCUUGACCUUGACCUCGACCUCGUUUUGGACUUGGGUUGCUUUGUAUGGGCCAUCUCUUGGUUAACCAAAUGGGACCGUUUCCUCGUUUUGGACUUGGAUUGCUUUGUAUCGACAAGAAUGCCAAUGGGGGCAUCAAGCGUUUAUUGAACACAGCUUCUUGUUUGUUAUUUGAUUGUUUGUUUUAAGGUUAAAGUUGUUUUUUUUUAACAUUUUAUAUGUCUUGAAAUGAAAGAAUGUACAAAUUUUAUGGGUGAAAUAGGUGUAUCUUAAUUUUGUUUAAAGAAGAAAUACACUUGCUCUUUAUUUUGAGAUUAGUUACUAUCCAUUAAACUACAGAGAAUUGUUUCAAAAUUAAACAUAAAUAUUGAGGCGAAAGUUCUCACUUUACUGUGAAAUAAGUGUGUUUUCCAGCAGCGCUUCACUAAUCUUCUUGAUCAUAUUGGUCUUCCCCCCACCCCAAUUAAAGUUGUAUUAGAACAUUAUCACUCUGAAGUAAGAUAUAUUAAAGGCCUAAUGAAUUUCUUUGAUUGAUUAACAAUUGAAAAGGAAUCUGCUGAUACCACUUGGAAAGGUAAGGUUAUACAUGUAGUAAAAUUUCUGUUUCUCAGUUAAACUUCUUCAAUUGAGCCGCAACAUGAGAAAACCAAGAUAAUGCAUUUACGACCAGCAUGGAUCCUGACCAGCCUGCGCAUCCAUGCAGUCUGGUCAUGAUCCAUGCUGUUCGCUUUCAAAGACUAUUGCAAUUAUAGAAACCAUUAGCGAACAGCAUGGAUCCUGACCAGACUGCACAGAUGCCCAGGCUGGUCUGGAUCCAAUGCUGAUCGCAAACGUACUGUUGGUUUUCUCAUGGCGCGGCUCAUUUAAUUUAAAUCAGUAUCCUAUAACUAAGUAUCCUGUAACUCCUUGCAUAAACACAAGUAUGGUCUGUUUUUAAGUCUUUUCUCUUUGAAAGUUUACAAAUUUCUUGAAAUUGAUCAUGUUGAUUGUAAUGAAACUUAAGUACAUUUUUUGAUGGUGUUAUUUUAUUAGAUUUUUCCUUUUGCUUCUGUUUUAUACCAUUUUUGUACACCAAAACAUUUUCAAGGGGUUUGAUGGCUGAGGACUUUGAUUUAACUUAGUUCAGAUGUCUUGUUUGUUCAACUUUGUGUCCUCACAAAAAGUAUUUGACCUAGAGUUGUGAAACAUCUUAGGACCGUUAUUGGGCAUGUGAAGUUGUUUGUCUGGAAUUUUGUAUGGGAUUUUGAUCAGUAAGCCUAGAGCUAUGGCCCUUGACAUAGUAAAAAUGUUCACCAAAGGUCUGAAAGAUUGUGUUACACUUACCUAAAAAAAGUAUUUUACCCAGAGUCCUGAAACAUUUACAGGAUUUUACUCAUCAUGCUGGGGUUUUGUUUUGAAUUUCACUGUGCAAGCCUAUUGCAAAUAGAGAAACCAUUAGCAAACAGCAUCAUGCAUUGAUCCUGACCAGACUGCGUGGAUGUACAGGCAGGUCUGGAUCCAUGCUGUUCGCAAACGCACUAUGUUUUCUCAUGGCGCGGCUCAAAUAUUUCAUCAGCAAAAUGAGUUAUUUUGCAUAUAUUUUGCUGUUCGUAUUCCUAUGCCAAAUGCACUAUGUUGGUUUUCUCUUGGUGUGUCUUAUUUUAUUAUUAACAUUGUUUUCUUUAUUUUAUAUAGUUUUUCAUGUUGGGAUUUAACAUGCUUUACGCAAUUUGAUUAAUUCAAUAGUGUCAAUAUUUAUGUCCAGUUUUGUUUGAAAAUGAUAAAACAUGUAAAUAUCUAAGGAAUAGGUAAGUAAUAUCAGUAAAGAUAAGAAAGAACAAACUCUGUUUGACUACAAAACCAAGAUUUGUUUUAAAUAAAACAAUAUUGGCAUCAUCAGCUUUAUUAUUUGUAUAUUCUUCAGAUUGUAAUUUUUUAUACACAUCUGUAAUUUCUUCACACUGUAAACUUUAAAAUUAGGAACUUAUUUUAUUUUUCAUUCUCUUAUUUAUCUGGAAUGGCAGGCCAUUUAAUUUUACACAUUAUUUGUAUAUGUAUAUUAUGUAUCUACUCCAAAUUUUACAUAAAUUGUAAUCUUGACAUUGUCAACUUAAUUAUCCCCAAUUCAUGUGAUAUUUGUAUUUUGUACUUUUUUUUUUAUAGUGAUAGAUGUUUCCUUACUCAUUUUACAUUAAUAUCGCCAAUCUUUUUAAAUAUUAUUUAUUUUAUUUAGAUCUAUAUAUUGAUGUUUUAUUCUAAUAUUUUGUAACCAGGGUUUCCUUGGAAUUUCUGAAUGCUGUUCUUUAGAACCAUGAGGAUCUAGUUUAGAAUACAGAAUACAGAAAGCUUUAUUCAGAUUUGAGCCAUGAGCUCCUCAUCACUACAACAUGUACAUAUUAAAUCAAGGUCAUGGAAUUUAAACAUAUUUACAAAGUAUUUAAAACAUAGUUAUCACUGUAAGUGUCAAUUAUAUGUGUUACUAUACAAAAAAAAUAAACAUUUACCAAUUACAAAAUUAAGGUAUCAUCAGUACAAGGUAUAGAUGAAUAAUAUGAUCUUGGUAUAUACAAUUUGAAAUACAUAUUUAAUUUUCUAAUGUAUUCCGUCUUACUUUCAAAGUACUGUUGAUAAAACAGGCUAAAUUAUUAAUUGUCUCCUCGUUUGUGCAUGACAAAAGUUUAAUAAAUUUCCACAUAUUUGGUCUUUAGUUUAGACAGACUUCUCUACUUGAAUUCAUCACCUGAGCAUUUCUUUGAUAAGGAAAAAUUUUGUUUUAUUUUGGAGGGAUAGGAUUUAUAUGUUUAAGUGUCGUAUGAAAAAAGGCUUAGUUGGCUUGGUAUAAAAAUGGUUAAGUUUGAGAUUUUUACUUUUCUUUUUCUAAAUUCAAAACAUUAAGCCGUGAUUUCAUUUUAUUUAUUGAAAACAUCUGCAAAAACGAAAAUAUGCUCAUUGUUACCUGAUAGGCCUCAGCAUUCCUUGUGUGUAAAUUGUCUUUAUCUUUGAGAAAUACGAAGGGUAGAUGAGUUGGGUAGAUAUUAUUUAUUUACAUACUUUUAAGAUUUUACCUCUGUGUUGUUGUAACAGGUUUUUAUAUUUCGUACUAUAAUAAACUAAAACUGAUACAA